AUGGAUGCUGUCGCCCGAGGAGCCUCCGUCAGCACAAAGAUUGAAAGAAGAUCUGCCGCGGUACGGCUUGCUCUGCGGCGCUGCGCUGACACGUUUGGAUUCUCUGAAAAUGAGUCAAUAUUGUCCUUUGCGGCCGAAGCGCUCGAAAUACCCCAUUGCGUUUCUCCCUUGGUGAGUGCUAUAAAAAUGCUCGUCCAGAUACUCCUCCCAAUCGCGACCACGCUGCUCGCCUACCUGAUCCUUCCACUCCUUCGAAUACUAUAUCAUAAUUUCUCCUCGCCGUUGCGCAAGAUUUUGCGCGGACCACCACUGAGCAAUGUGCUCGUCGGAAACUUCAAAGAGAUGACUUUGGAUGCCCGACGCGCGAGCGAAUGGCGUGAGGAAUAUGGUGCCACCUUCAUGUUCCAUGGAUUGCUCAGCAUUCCCGAGCUACACACGUCGGACAUCAAGGCGCUGAACCACAUCAUCACUCACUCCGAAAUAUACCAACGAGCAGAUAGCGAGCGAGAUGGGCUUCAUCGAUUUGUUGGUGAAGGGCUCUUAUUCGCAGAAACGGACCAACAUAAACGUCAGAGACGCGUUAUAAAUCCUGCAUUCACGCUUUCCCACAUCCGCACCAUCACGGAAACCUUCAUUGAAAAAGCAAUCCGAUUGCGCGAUAUCUGGACCGAAGAAAUUACACAUGAUGUCGACACCAAAAACGAUUUCCGCGGCAUCAUAGACGUGCUGCCUGGGCUCAGGAAACUCACUUUGGACAUUAUCGGCCGCGCUGGUUUUGGCUACGAUUUCAACGCACUUGAGGGCCACACCAGCGAGCUCGACCAGGCAUUUACCGACCUCUUUCAUGCCCCGCAUGCAAACCUCUAUGCGGCAGUCCGUCUGGCACAAACAGCUAUACCCAUUCUUAAACUACUGCCUCUUCCGGGAACAUUCGUCCUUCGCUCCGCGCGCAACCGCAUGGACGCUAUCGGGCGCCAGAUCAUCGGCAAGAGCAAAGCGGGUCUUGUAGAUGAGGAGGGGCUCAAGGCUCUUGGUGGGCGGAGAGACAUACUUUCCGUUCUACUCAGGGCCAAUAUGUCCCCGGACUUGCCGCACAGCCAGCGCCUUUCGGACGCCGAAGUCCUUGCUCAAAUUCCCUCGUUUUUUGUCGCAGGACAUGAGACGACAAGGCGAGCUCAUGCCGCGGCCUCCUGGGCGCUCCACGCGCUUUCCACGAAUGUUGCAGUCCAAGACGAGCUUCGUCGAGAACUGCUCGCGGUCCCAACGGACAACCCCACUUUGGACGACCUCAAUGCGCUUCCAUUUCUGGAGAAGGUCGUCCGCGAGACCAUGCGGCUGCAUGCGCCAGUCCUGUUCAUGUUGCGCAAGGCGAUGACGGAUGAUGUUCUGCCGCUAAGCAACCCGGUCAUCGACCGUGAGGGCAAAGAACAUUGGAGUCUCCCUGUUCCUAAAGGCCAGAUCAUCCAUCUGCCCAUCUGGGCGGUGAAUACCUCGACGGAGAUAUGGGGCAAGGAUGCAUUAGAGUUUCGCCCGGAUCGAUGGGAGAGCAUCCCCGCUGCUGCCAGCGCUGUGCCCGGUGCCUGGGCUAAUCUCUUCACCUUCCUGGCGGGCCCGCACCACUGCAUCGGCUUCCGCUUCUCCCUUGCUGAACUCAAGGCAAUCCUCUUCACGCUGAUUCGCGCAUUCGAAAUUCGCUCAGCCAACGUGGAAGGAGGAAUCGGGCCUGUCUUGAGCGGGGUGAUGCAGCGACCGGGGGUGUUGGCGCAGGAAAACGGCUCGGGACUGCCGUUGGUGCUGAAGUUGGUGCAAGAGGUCUGA